AAUCAGCGCCCAGAGCUCUCUGCCAACCCGGAAAUGGAGCGUCAGAACUGAAAAUUUGCCGGGAACUGAACUUUGUCGGCAGAGUUUGAAGUUGUGGAAUAUAGUCGACGGUUUGAGGGAAUAUUCAUGCAUAUUUACUUGUCUUUGUCAACCAGCCGCCAUGGAUGAAUAUGACGAACUAUUUGAAAUUGAAGACAACUUCGAGGAGCAGUUCGCCGAUGAGUUGGACGCCUUGGCCCAGUUGGACGAUGACAUUUGCAAGCCAGCAAAGCGUCAGAGACAGAAUGCAGGUGAUGACACACCUGACACAGCACACCCAAUCACUCCAAAGGUAAAGCGCCAAAAGCAGGACGCGGGUGUGGUGAAGCGACUUUUCAACUCGUCGCAGAGUGAUGACAUCACGCCGCCGCCCUCCCCGGAGCAAUCCGAGGCACCUGGCGUCGUUGGGUCUUCCUCAAACGCUCUGGAUGUCAGUGGCUUUGCCGCCAUCGCAGAGUCGCCGAGGCGACCUGCUGCCGUGGCGACCCAAUGGCGUGUUCUGAAGAGACCGCCGCCAGAGGGUGACUUCAUCACAGUCACUGACCCGACGGGGAGUCGCGUCUAUCUUCGCCAGAAGGACACACAAGCAAACAAGGUCACAGAGGGCAGAAUGUUACCCGACUCCCAGGGUUCCUUGGGGCUUCUGGCUGUGCCGAUAGGUGUGCUGAGAGAGCAGGAGGCAGAGCGGCGCCACCUGGAGGUUGUAGAGGAGUCUCAGCGCCUCACAGAGGUUUUAGCUAGGUACUUCUUAUUUUCCCUCACACAAGCCUUCUUACUGGGUUUUUUAAUGCUGCUUUUGCAUUCUUCCAGCAGUGUGGAGGAUGAAGAGGAGGAUGAAGAGGAGGAGGACUCAGAAGGUCGAAGCUGCCGCCUCUGGGUUGACCGCUUUUCUCCCCGGCACUACACCGAGCUGCUCAGCGACGAUUUUACCAACCGCUGUCUGCUCAAGUGGCUGAAGCUGUGGGACACAGUCGUCUUCGGGAGAGAGAGGAAGGCCCGCCCCGUGCGGCCCGACAGACAAGCGCCCGUCCAGACCUCGUUCAAACCUAAUCAGGCCAAUCAAGCCAACCCCAAUCGCUUCAAGACCAAGAUGGAGAUGACUGAGGAGGUCCUGGAGGCUGAGUUGGACCAGUACAAACGACCCAAAUUUAAGGUGGCGAUGUUGUCCGGCCCUCCAGGUUUGGGAAAGACCACCUUGGCUCACGUUAUUGCCAAGCACGCCGGGUACAACGUGGUGGAAAUUAACGCCAGUGACGACCGCAGUGCGGAGGUGUUCCAGAAGCGCAUCGACACGGCCACGCAGAUGAAGUCGGUCCUGGGAGCCAACGAGAGGCCAAACUGCCUCAUUAUUGAUGAGAUUGACGGAGCACCUGCGGCUGCCAUCAACAUUCUAUUAGCGGCCCUGAACAGGAAGGAUGGACACAGCAGCGACGUCGCCGCCGAGUCUACAAAGAAGAAGAAGAAGAAGGAGACUAUUCUUCUGCGACCAAUCAUUUGCAUCUGUAACGACCUGUAUGUACCAGCUCUGCGAGCUCUGAGGCAGCAGGCCUUCCUCCUGACCUUCCCCCAGACUCAGCCCUCCCGUCUGGCUCAGAGACUUGCAGAGAUCUCUGUACGACAGGGGAUGAAGGCGGACACGGGCACGCUGGUGUUGCUGUGUGAGAAGACGGACAACGACAUCAGGUCUUGCAUCAACACACUGCAGUUCCUGUUCAGCCGAGGCCACAAGCAUCUGGACAGCAGCACCAUCCAGCGUGUGUCUGUGGGCCAGAAGGACCAAAACAAAGGUCUGUUCCACCUGUGGCAGGAGGUCUUCCAACUACCACGCACCAAACGGAAACGUAUUGGUGAGAGGUUUGAGGAGGAUCCAGGAUCAGGAGGUGGAGGACAGAGAUUUCAGCACAUUCUUCACCUGGCCUCUUCUAGUGGAGAAUAUGAAAAGGUUUCUCAGGGUCUGUACGACAACUUCCUGUCCAUGAGGGUGCGAGAUCCCAACCUGCAGAGCGUGUGCGACGCCCUGGACUGGAUGGGCUUUUCUGACAGGCUGAACCGAGUCAUCCUGCACGGCCAGAACUUCUCGCUCAUGAAGUACCUGCCCUUCCUGUCUGUCGCCUAUCACUUCCUGUUUGCCCACCCCCACGUGCCGCGCAUCACCUACCCACAGAGCCACCACGAGGCGUCCUCUCGGCUCCUCAGCAGCAGGAACGCUGUGUCCAGCAUGUUGGCCGACAUCCCGCCAGGCAUCAGGACCAGGAUCAGCCACCUCAACCUCACCCUGGACGUUCUCACGCUGCUCCUCGACAUCAUCUGCCCCAAACUGCGGCCUGUCAACCCCCAGCUGUUCAGCAGCAGAGAGAAGGAGCAGAUGUGCGAUCUGAUCGACACCAUGUUGGCCUACAACCUCUCCUACCGCCAGGACCGCACACCCGAGGGACAGUACACAUAUGUCCUGGAGCCGCGUGUGGAGGAGGUUGUGAGGUUCCCCGGCCUGCCGCCGCGCCGUCAGCUGACCUACCAGGCCAAGCAAACCAUCAGCAGGGAGAUGGAGCAGGAGAAGAUGAGGCGGGCCGAGCACGCCAUGCUACUGAGGAACCCCACAGCGAGAGAGGAGAAGAAGAGCGGUGGUCCCAAGCAGAACAAAAACCAUCAGCAGAGGUUGGAGAACAUCGUUAAACAGACCACGGUGGAACCCAAGCCGGAGGUGGAUUUCUUUGGCCGAGUGGUCGCACCAAAGCCUGCCAGAGUGCCCACGUCAGACACAGGCGAGAAGUGCGCCGUGCUGCGAAUGGGGAAGGCAGUGGGCGACAGCGACGUGUGGUUCCGCUUCAACGAAGGCAUGUCCAACGCCGUGCGGAGGAACGUUUACAUCCGGGAACUUUUGUAAGGUCCCGCACACACCCCACACAGCUCUUUAGUUGUGUAGUCACCAUGUAGUAGUCAGCAUGUAGUCAGCAUGUAGUAGUCAGCAUGUAGUCAGCAUGUAGCAGUCACCAUGUAGUAGUCAGCAUGUAGUCAGCAGGCCUCGGCUCAAUUCUAAACAGUCUUUAUUUGGAUUGACAGUGUAAAGAGCCAAUAAAAACAAACGUCUAAAAAGCUACUCAGUGCUGUGCACACACACACACACACACACACACACACACACAGCAAUCAAGUUCUCCAAAUAAAUAAACAAAGCAU